GUUAACCGCUAGCCCUAAUGUGGCUUAGAUCUUACUACCCAGUUGGGGAAUGGUCGGCUUAUCCAGGUCGGUACGUACCCUGAACUCCAGCGCCUGUGUCUUCCCGGCGCCGCGAAUAACCUACAACCUCUCAAGUCUCGACGAUCAACGAGACUCGACCAGACAAGAAUGAUCUUGUGACAUUAGGGCCCGGAUGGUCAACCGCAUCCAGGUCUUUUCCUUCCCCGGCUACUAUAUUAUUCCCCGCCCUUCUCAACUCUCUACCGCCUAGUCCAGAGACCAUGAACCCGCCAGUCCUGGUCAUCCUCAUCCAAGCUACAAUUACGCCGACAUAGCGACACCGAAUCCAUCGCGCUGAUUCACAACCACAUCCAAUCCACACCGUCGUCCCCCCGACUCAACUCGCCGAUAUGGGUGUCAAGUCUUUGAUGGAACUCGCCACCGCGGCGUGCAUCAAGAACAUCCGCGAACUCGAGAGCGUUGGCGACUACCUCCCUUACGAAAAUGUGCGCCACAUCCUCCUCAAGGUCAACAACGCACACCAGCUACGCCAGAUCGAGCUCAACUCUCCCCAAGUCGAUGGAGAGACCGGCGAGAUUUGGCUCAAGAUCAUCGAGCGCGAGUUUCCUAUGGAAUACAAGGCCAAGGCAUACAAGCCCCAGAACCCCAAGAAGUGGUACCGCGUAUGGGAGAAGUACAAGAAGGACCACGACCAAGCCCUCCAGGAGAGCGAGGCGAAGCUCAUGAGUACCCUGGCCGGUCUCAGGCAGAAUAAGGAGAAGAACACGAGCACAAUCAUCGAUAGGAGGCUCGAUAGGAGGCUCCUACCUCGAGUCGGUCCCAAGCGAGGUUGGGGUCCACGGGACACAACCACCAGUACUCUCGCAUUUGCCAGAGGUAGUCGUACCAAGACCGCCAACGGUGCCAGUGUCAUGAGAAAGGUGCGACGCGAGACCAAGGAGAUUGCCAGUAUCCACGGAGCGCUCUCCAGGCCGGUUCGAGGUACGGCAGCCCUGACACGGCCGAGCAAAGCCCCUGCGGCCAUGGUCAACGACUACCGAAGGGCCGCUCAACCCGUCUACCGGCCAAUCCCUAAGGUUUCCGAGCCAUCUUCUGCCGUCAUGGAGCACGAAGAGCGAGCAACCUUCAUCUCGGACUCUGAGGAUGAUGACGACAAUGACGAGCUAUUCGAUGAUGAUGAACCACCUCCAGCUCGGGCUCCGCCCACAAAGUCCUUUGCAAAGGCAUCCGCCACAUCACUUCUCAAAAAGAGACCAACAGGACAGUCGUCGAGCGCGUCCCCCACUAAGAGUUACACAUCCUCUUCGACGAGUUCCGCACCGAGGACCACCACUAAGCGUCCAGGGAUCCUAUCAAACAAUUACAAGUCCUCCGCAGCCAAGACACAAACUGCAUCAUCAUCAAGCACCGCUGCACCUUCGAGGCCCGCGCCAUCAUCUGAGCCUCCCAGGCCAACUCAGCGCCUGCCUCGCGCGCAAGCUUCCCCGCCUCCAGCAAUGGACUCAGGACCAUCCUCACCACCACCCAUCCCGGACAUCACAGCACCACGCAAGAGGAAGGCCGUGGAUAUCUUUAUGAAACGUAAGAAGAGAGCUUGAAGCCUGAAUAUGGAGGCGUAUUUGACAUUGCGUCUGGAUCUUGGGUAGCUGUCAGCAGGCGUUUUUCUGGUCUCGCGAGUUUUAGGCGACUACGUUGGAAGAAUAUCAUAGCUUUGGGAAGUGGAUAACAAGCAUCUGGAAACUAGCCUGGGGAGACAUAUAUAUGUGUGGCGGACAGCGGUCUGGAUAUGGAUAUGGGCAUGGGAACG